AUGGCAUCCUCUCUGACAGCUGCAUACCCAUGGACCACAAGUCCACUCAUCAGUUGUGCACCAAUGCGCCUGAUAGCCAAUGCAUCUCUCGCGGCCGCAGUCUCCAUGGCCGGUGGCCUCGGCUUCAUAGGCGCCGGCAGCGACAUCAGCACUCUUUCCUCCGAACUCUCCAAGUCCCGUGAAAUAUUCUCAAAGUCCAAUUUCACAACAUCGAAAUCUGGCAUCUUGCCUGUUGGCGUUGGGUUUCUCCUCUGGGGAGCACCUCUAAAAGACACCUUGGCAAUCCUCAGUAAACCUGAAAACAUCCCUGCUGCAGUUUGGCUCUUUGCGCCGAGAGACCAAACACAGCUUAGGGAUUGGGCAGAUGGUGUACGCAAAGCCACUGCCAACAAGACGAAAAUCUGGAUCCAAGUGACCAGCGUGCGUGAAGCUCUUGACGCAGUCAAAAUCGCAAAACCAGACGUUUUAGUCGUCCAAGGCACAGACGCUGGAGGUCAUGGAGCAGCUCAAGGCGCAGGCAUCGUUUCCUUGGUCCCAGAAACAAUCGACGCCGUUACCGAACACUGCAAGACAGCAUCCACGACCUUGCCAUUCUUCGUAGCGACGGGUGGGAUAAGCGACGGACGAGGUGUAGCAGCAGCCAUUUGCUUAGGAGCUCAAGGCGUAUGUCUAGGAACCCGCUACCUCGCCGCCACUGAAGCGACCAUUGCACCAGGCUAUCAAGAUGCCGUUCUUCGUGCUUCCGAUGGCGGUACAACUACGAUCAGAUCCUCAGUAUACGAUCAACUGCGUGGAACCACAGAAUGGCCCGCUGGAUACGGAGGUCGCGGUGUCUUGAAUGCAAGUUUUCGAGAUCACGAAUCCGGUGUCAGUUUCGAGGAUAACAAGAAGCUGUAUGAAGAAGCAGUGGCAUCGGGAGAUAAAGGAUGGGAAGGCGAUAGAGCGAGAUUGACGACGUAUGCCGGCACUGGUGUUGGUCUUGUCAAAGGAGUCGAACCUGCAGAGGCCAUCACGCGGAAAGUACAGAGUGAUGCUGCGAAGAUUUUGAAUGAGACCCGGGCCAGACUGUGA